AUGCAUCCGAGGACUCUCCGGGCGUCCGCAUCGGCGUCCAGCCUCCCCAGACUGCCGUCGAGCUACGCAGCAAGCAGCCACAAUCGCCGCGCAGCCGACGCGCUCGCCCAACCAACCCUCGCGGACCUCAUUCAGGCAGAAGAACGGGCUUUCGAGCAGGACGACCUGGCGAAUGUGGGCGGUGAGGCCGUGAGGCGCGUGAGGCAGCGGCGGAGAAGCAGUGCACCGGGAAUCGGAGUCGCUGGCGAUGUCACUCCGCCGCGGCCGCGACUAAGGACGAGCGAGACGAGCCCCGUUGCUUCACCCGUUCCGCAGAACGAUCUGCUCCUCCCGCCGCACUACGGCCGCCCGAACAGGCCAUCGAGCCCUGAUGUCCUAGCAGCCCUUCUUCGCCCCGUCCUCCAGUCUCUCUCGCGACCCAGUUCUCCCGCCCUCUCUCCUGUUGUACCCGGCACUCCCGCUCCUUCCUCUCCAACAAAAUCUCUCGACGUCACUUCCCCUCUCCUGGCCGAACCUCCUGCCGACCGAUCCGCCUCUUCGCUCCCAGCCCAGUUCCCGCCUCGAGAACCGACAGACCCAGCUCCGACAGUCGAGUCGCAAGGCUUCGUCCUAUACAUCGGCAGUCAUGUAGCGUACUUUGCGUACCUAGCGUGGGCGUGUUUGCCGGAGCCGUGGCUGGAAGCCAUCGGUAUCGAGUGGUACCCGUCCCGAGACUGGGCUCUCCUCGUACCCGCCUGGAUCGUGAUGCUCGUCGCCUUCGUCUACGUUUCGUACUUCCUCCUCAACAUGCACAACACGCCGUCCCUCACCUCCCUCUCGCUUCUAGAUGACCCACGCGCCUUCGUCACUCCACCUCCUCGCCCUCCCGCAAAUUCGAAAGGCGUUCGUCGUCCUCCUACGCCACUUUGGGCGCACGCGGUCCUUGCGGAAGAAGAUGCAAUACCGCCGCUGUAUGAUCUGCCAAUUGAGGUGGUCAAUCGCGUUCUGUACGGCGACGAGGGGCAGGGAUGA